UGUGCAUCUUGCUUUGGGCUCCUGCUUGCAUUUCCAGCUGCUGGCGCCAUGAGUUGCAACAUUAAGGAGACUAUUACGGUGUCUAGCAAAGGCAGGAGCAGUGGUGGCAGCUGUAUCAUUGGUGGUGGUGGUGGAGCACGGAUUUCUUCCUAUGGGAUAGGCAGUGGCAGAGGUUUUUCUGGAAGGAGUUACUGCGGUGGAGUGAAUUAUGGAGGGGGACUGAGUGUUGGUAGCUUGGCUGGUGGGAGCUAUGGAGGUGGCAACUGCUAUGGCAAUGGCCUGGGCUUUGGCCUCGGAGGCGGUGUGGUCGUUGGUGGUCUUGGUGGCGACUGUUUGCUUUCAUCCUGCGAUGAGAAGGUCACCAUGCAAAAUCUCAACGACCGCCUGGCCUCCUACCUGGACAAGGUGAAGUGCUUGGAGAAGGAAAACGCUGAACUGGAGUGCAGGAUCAGGGAGUGGUACGCGACCCAGGGCCUCUCCUGUGAGCCCCGGGACUACAGCUGCUAUUACAAAGAAAUCGAAGAUCUUCAAAAUCAGAUUGUCUGCGCAACCAUCGAUAACAACAAGAUCAUCCUGGACAUCGACAACAGCAGGAUGGCCGCUGACGACUUCCGCGUGAAGUACGAGACGGAGCUGGCCCUGCGCCAGAGCGUGGAGGCCGACAUCAACGGCCUGCGCCAGGUCCUGGAUCAGCUCACGCUCUGCCGGUCUGACCUGGAGGCACAGCUGGAGUCGCUGCGGGAGGAGCUCUGCUGCCUGAAGAAGAACCACGAGGAGGAGAUGAACUGUCUGAGGAAACAAUCGACUGGAGAUGUGAGCGUGGAGGUCAACGCCUGCCCUGGGCCAGACCUCAGGAAGAUCCUGGAGGAGAUGAGGUGCCAGUACGAAACCCUGAUUGAACGCAACCGCAAAGAAGUCGAGGAUUGGUACGAGUGCAAGAUUGAGGAGGUGAAUCGGGAGGUUAUUACAAGUGGUCAGGAGGUGGAGACGUGCAACAAUCAAGUCACCGAACUGAGACGCCAAUUGCAA